CUGCAUUCCGCUCCAGCUUGAUGAUCCACCUUCGUUUGCUGGGAUCUUCAAUUAGUUUUCUACCUAUCAAGUAUUGCUAGCUUGUGCCCCACGGGCAGUUUAUCGAUAAACCCAUCGUUACUCUAGCCCGCCCCAUCCGUUCAGCCCCUCCGACCACACGACCACCUAGGACUUGCCAUACUUAUCCCUCCAUCUUCGCAACUUUCUCCCAAGAUGUCUGCCCCUGGGCUUCAGAAGCAAAUUGGCCAGCUCUUCGCGGUCGGUUUCCACGGCCUCACCCCGAGUCCCGAAGUCAAGACGUUGAUUCACGAGUAUGGCAUUGGGAGCGUUGUCCUGUUCAAAAGAAAUAUUAGGGAUGCAGCCCAACUUCAGUCCCUAACGCUUGCGCUCCAAGAAGAAGCCCGAUUAGCAGGACAUAACCAUCCCCUCUUUAUUGGAAUUGACCAGGAAAAUGGACUGGUUACCAGGAUCUCACCUCCGAUUGCACCGCAACUCCCGGGCCCUAUGGCUCUGGGUGCCACCAACUCCCCCGAGCUCGCGUAUCAGGUGGGGGUAGCUACCGGUGAGAUAUUGGGCGCUGCGGGAAUCAACAUGAACUACGCCCCGGUCUGUGACAUCAAUUCCGAGCCGCUCAACCCCGUAAUCGGAGUACGUAGUUUCGGAGAUGACCCCGAAUUCGUCGCUCGAUUUGCCAGUGCCACCGCCCGUGGCCUCCGGAAGCACAAGGUUGUGCCUACCGUGAAACACUUUCCAGGGCAUGGUGAUACCGCUGUCGAUUCCCAUUUUGGGCUUCCUGUCAUCCCCAAAACGAGGGAUCAACUGGACCGUUGCGAAUUGGUUCCAUUCCGUCAGGCAGCAAGCGAAGGCAUCGAGGCAAUCAUGACUGCACAUAUUUCCUUACCUGGCAUUGGUGACGGCAAAUUGCCUGCCACCCUCUCGCCAGAUGUGAUGAAUAUCCUUCGCAGGGAAAUGGGGUACGAUGGGAUGGUCAUCACGGAUUGCCUUGAGAUGGACGGCAUUCGUGCUACAUAUGGAACAGAGCAAGGCGCCGUCCUUGCUCUAGCUGCUGGCUGCGACAGCAUCAUGAUAUGCCAUACAUUUGCUGUUCAAGUGGCCUCAAUUCUCAAGGUUUGCCAGGCUGUCGAGUCUGGACAAAUCCCUCCCCAGCGGUUAGCAGAGGCUAUCCGUCGUGUGGACGAACUGAAGCGCGGCUUCCUGAGUUGGAAGACAGCAUUGCAACCCCGGGAACCGGGAGAAAGCUGGCCUGCUCUGGGAGCAGAGGCCUUAACCCAUUCUUCAUUAGCUGAGAAAGCCUAUUCCCGCUCUGUGGCCGUUGUCCGGGAUGCUUCACAUGUCCUCCCUGUGUCUAGGUCUGCAGGAGUUGUUUUCCUCUUCCCCGGGGAACAGACCCCCGCGGGGGGUGCAGUGGACGGUGAGGGGCUCGGGAGAAAAGGUUCUUACAAUGCCUCCGUCUAUCUUGACAUACUCAAAAAAUACAAUUCAACGGUCGUUGAAAUCCGCUACGGCGCAGCAGGCUUAUCGGCCGAGCACCUGAGCACUAUCGAAGCUGCCGAUGUCGUCAUCUUCACAUCGAUCAAUGCGCGGGAGUCUCCGUUCCAACGGGCAUUGGGCCUGGAGCUACCUAACCGGGCUCGUGCACUAGUCAGCGUCGCCGCCUGUAACCCUUAUGACUUUCUGGAAGAUUCCUGUAUUGGAACAUAUAUCGCCACCUAUGAGCCAACGCCGGAAGCAUUUGUGGCAGCCGCUGAGGUGAUUUUUGGGGCAUCAGUACCUCAAGGCGUCUUGCCUGUCAAGAGUUCAAUGGGGAGACUGUCUAUUGAAGUGCUGGCAUUGGAUAGCCAUAAGGAUAUGUCCCAGCUAGCUGCUGUCUGGAAUGCUGCGUUGCCUACUUACCUACUCCCUGCACCGAAGUUGCAGGUAUUGAUAUAUCAGGGGCAUGGGCACCAUUUUGUUGCUCGCAUGGGUGGUGAUAUCGUGGGAUUCUGCCUAACGUACGCCAGUCGUGCGCCAUCAUAUGUGGUUGGUAAUGUUGCGGUGCUUGCGGUGGAUCCGGAGAAGCAAGGCCAGGGCAUUGGAACAGCGUUGGUCUCUGAGGUUACUGAAUGGUAUAGGGCAAACCUGAAGCUCACACGGCUCGAGCUUAGCAGCACGUUUCCGAGGUUCUUUCCUGGUAUCCCCCAAGAUUUGCCGUCAACAAUACAACAUUUCUUCGAACGCCGUGGCUUUUCACUAUGGCAUACGAACCCCCGAAACGUGGACUUGUACCGAGAUAUCCGGGACUUUGAGGCCCCGGAUGCGUACAUUGCCCGCGCUGAGGAACAGGGGUAUACCUUUGCUCCUCUCCAGCCCGAGCAUUAUGAAGAAUGCUUGGCUGGACAGAGAAAGAACUUCUCAGCUAACGUGGACUGGGUGAGCCAGUACGAAGAGUUGGAGCCUACUGAAUAUCCCUUCAGUGUGAUGGUAGCAUUUGACUCUCAGGGGAAGCAGGCAGCCUGGACGCUGAUGCUUGGGCCUGACUCUCCCGCUCUGCAGAAAGGCUGGGCCCUCCCACCUUUGUGUGGGCCUAAGACUGGACUUAUCGGGUGUGUGGGGGUUGAUGCAGACCAUCGGAAGAGAGGAAUUGGGCUUGCACUGCUAGGCCAUGCGAUGGAGGAUCUGAAGCGGAGGGGCACUGAGGGCGUAUUUGUCGACUGGGUGGUGUUGGAAGGGUUCUAUGAGCAGCUCGGAUUCGAAGUGUGGCGGGAGUAUCGACGGGCAUCGUUUCGUAUGUAACGGCAUUACAGCAAUUCCAUAGACUGAUAUUACUAGUAUAUAUAGGCAUCAUUGGAGGUACCCUUUGGC